AUGUCUCAGCCAGUCUGCCGAGAUUUUAUCAAUGGCUAUUGCCGAUUCGGUACUUCGUGCAAAUUCUAUCAUCCUCCAAGAGAACAAGCUGGAAAUCAACAAAGAGCUGUAUCUUCAGCAUCUAAAUAUCAAUUCAACCAAGAUACUAUACGGCAAGAUCUGACCAUUGAGAAACCGAUAUAUAUCAUAUCGAAUUAUGCCGCUGCUAAACAUGAGCCAAGUUUGUUCUUUGGAUACGAUCUUUCACCGGAAGAAUUGAGAUGGAAAAGUGUAAUUGCAUUGAAGGAAGGGAAAGUACAAGAAUAUGUAAACGAAGAGAAUACUCUGAUGAACCAAGCCAACUCCACGAUCACCCAAGCAGUCGCCAACCUAUCAGCUACGGUCAAAGUAGCCGAACAACUGCACAACACCCGUUUCACGGGAAACUCUAUUCCUGGUGAUCCUCGUCCUUCAGAGUUCUCUGAAGCAGCUGCUCUAGGAAGCAAUCCUCCUGCAGCCGUUGCCAGUGGGCCAAGCUUCGGUGGAAGUCGAGGAUCGUUUGGAGGCAAUAAGCCAAAUGCUUUUGGCGCAGCGAGUACGGGUAGUGGAGGUUUUGGUCAAAGUUCUUUUGGAAGUUCUAGUAAACCAUCAGGAUUUGGAUCAAGUGCUUUCGGAUCGAGCGGGACAUCAGGAUCUGCUUUCGGCUCGAGUGGAUCAACAAAUUCAGCGUUCGGUUCACAAAAGCCUCCCGCGUCUGCAUUUGGUAGUACGCCACCUAGCAACACAGGAGGCGCUUUCGGUCAAUCUGGUUUCGGAGCAAAACCUGCUGGGUCUGCUUUUGGUUCCUCAGGAUUCGGUUCGACGACCUCUACCGCUUCUGCGUUUGGAUCAACAUCCACUGCUACACCCUCUGCAGGAUCUGCGUUCGGUCAAUCUGGAUUCGGAGCUAAGCCAGCACCAUCAGCAUUUAGUGGUACACCCACUUCUUCUGCUUUCGGAUCAACCUCGAAGCCUUCUGGGUUCGGCGCAUCUUCCACUCCCUCAUCAGGCUUCGGAGCAUCAGCUUUUGGUUCCAACCCAGCAAGUACGUCUACAUUUGGUUCUUCGCCUGCACCCGCAUUUGGGAGCACGUCCACGCCCACUGCUCCUUCAGCUUCAGCAUUCGGUAGCACAUCUGCAUCAACUGCUGGUUCUGCUUUCGGAUCAUCAGGAUUUGGUUCAACAGCAACGACUACUGCACCUGUAUCGGGAUCAGCCUUUGGACAAUCCGGAUUUGGAAGUUCAGGUUUCGGUCAACCGGCCAAAACAGGUGCUUUUGGAGCAUCAUCCCAACCGCAAAAUCCCACAACAUCGGCAUUUGGUGGAUUCGGCCAAGCUUCAUCGCCAGCAACGGCUGGAGCAUUUGGAGCAUUCUCGAAUAAUAAUAAUUCUGCCUCGUCUGCACCGCCAGACGCUCCGAACAACGCGAAUCCUUUCGCUGCCUCUGCACCUCCUACAAAUCCAUUCGCUCAACCUAAUCAACCUCCUCAACCUACAGACCCUUCUUCUGCACCUGUAAUUUCAUUUGGAGCGAAGUCCACCUCUGCAUUCGGCAACGCGAGUGCCUUCGGUCAGAAAUCCACCCAAACCGCACCCUCAGCUUUCGGUAAUUCGUCAGCAUUUGGCAAUCCUUCACCUUUCGGUACACAGUCAACGCAGCAAGGAUCCAAUGGGUUUGGAAAUGCUCAGCAGCCUCAAGGAGAUGUACCGCCAGGAUGGUCCUAUGACGAUCCAUGGAGUUAUCUCCUACCUACAGAGAACGGAAAUGAGAGCGGCGGGAAGCUGGAAGAGGAUUUCGUUAGAGCGUUCAAGGACGGUGGAUUCAGCCUUAGUGAGAUACCGAUAAUACCACCGCCCGUCGAAUUGAGGGUAUAA